AUGGCUGCUACCAGUGUUGUAGUUUUAGAUAGAGGAAAUAAUACCACUUGCACUAUCAACUUACAUGGUGCCACUGUGGUUUCCUGGCGAGUGAAUAAUCAGGAACAAUUGUUUGUGAGCAAACAAGCUGUUUUUGACGGUAAAAAGGCCAUAAGAGGUGGAAUACCUUUUGUUUUUCCACAAUUUGGACCAUGGACUUUUGGUCCACAACACGGUUUUGCCAGAAUUGUGCGAUGGAACUUAGAAAAGGCACCUGAAAGAUUAGCAAGCGGUGAUGUGGAAGCAAUAUUUUCCAUGAUGGACACAGAUUUUACCUGUUCCAUGUGGAAUUACCAGUUUCGACUGACUUAUAGACUGAUUCUUCGUGAAAAAGAACUGCAUUUUAAUAUAGCCGUAUACAACCCAAGCAAGGAGCUUACGUUCAGCUUUAACAUGCUUUUGCACACAUACUUUAAGGUGCCUGAUGUCCGUCGUUGUCAAAUUACUGGGCUGCAGGGCUGCACUUUCAUAGAUAAGACAAGAGACGGAACUGUCUACCAGGAGACCAGAGACGUCGUGACAAUAGGAGAAUGGACAGACAGGAUCUAUCAAAACACGCCUCAGGAACACAUAAUAACAAAUGUGGUGUCGGGUAGAAAGAUGCGUAUCCAGAAAUACAAUUUCCCCGACACUGUUAUCUGGAAUCCCUGGAUCGAGCAAGCUAAGGAAAUGUCGGAUUUUGGAGACGACGAGUAUCCUAACAUGGUAUGUGUUGAGGCGGGGCACGUUUCAAGCCCAGUGAUUCUGGUGCCUGGUACCGCUUUCGAGGCUAGCCAGAUAUUGCAGGUCAUGUGAAGAGUGUUAACAAUAUUUAACGCCCGUCCGCAAACUGCAAUUGGUUUAAAUCUUGUAUUGAUACGAGUGAUAUUAUGUGUUGGUAAUUAAUUCCAGAGCAAUGCAUUUUGGUUUGUUUAGUGGGUUAGUUGGUAGUACUAGAGAUUGUAUGAAUUAAGUUAGAAUACAUUUAAAUGCUUCCUUUUUAUACAUCAUGGCGUAUGUAGAGACUGUACCGUUAACGUUAGCAACACAAAAUAUAACUGAAAUGUAUUUAUGCAAGAUACAUGUUUUUAUAAAAAAAAGCAAUAGUUUAGAAUAAUCACUCUACUAUAAGGAAUGUGUUGUGGUUGAUCCACCGUUCUACAUUCCCCGAGAAAUCUAGCCUUAUGUCGUAUACGACUGGUAGUACUAUGAUAAGUCCUAUGUUCUCAUCGUGCAAUAGUAAAUGAUGUUUUCAUGAAGUUAUACUUUUGAUAGCUAACUUAUUGUUAGGGCCGCUUUAAACUUUAAAUAAAUUAUUAUCAUAUA